AUGACCUUGAUAAAGCGCAUUUAUGAAAUGGUGACGUCCUUUGUCACCAUCUUCUCCCUUUCAAUUUUGCCGUGGAGUGGUCACACACCCGAGCCACAGGUGCCUCUCAGUCCUGUGACUCCCGUCAGCCAAGCAUUAGAUUACCCCAGCUUCACGCCGCCUGGUAGCUCAAAAGAUUCGACUCUUCAAUGCGCGUAUCCGAAUAUGAAAGGAUGGGAGCCCUGUUCCAGUCCACUAGACCGCAGUUGCUGGCUCCGGCGCAAGUCCGACGGGAAGCGGCUUGAUAUCAAUACCAACUACGAGGAUACCUGGCCGACGGGAGUAGAGCGCCACUACAAAAUUAAUUUGGUCGACAGCUGGACCGCGGCAGAUGGGUUGAACUUUUCGCUAGCCAAGCUGUUUGAUAACCAGUAUCCUGGGCCAUGGAUUGAAGCAUGCUGGGGAGACCGCUUGAAGCAGAAUGGCACCUCGGUACACUGGCACGGAAUCCGUCAGUUAAACACCACCCAUAUGGACGGCGUGAAUGGCAUCACGCAAUGCCCGACUGCGCCCGCCGACUACUUUGUAUACAACUUCUCUCUGACGCAGUACGGAAGCUCUUGGUAUCACAGCCACUACUCUGUGCAAUAUGCCGACGGCGCUGUCGGGCCGCUGACCAUCCACGGUCCGUCUUCGCAUAACUGGGACGAGCCCGUCAGUCCGCCCCUGAUACUGACUGACUGGUAUCACAAUUCUGCAUAUGAAGUGGUGUCGGGCGGCAGCGACGGCGGCCAAGACAUUUUGCUCAACGGCCGUGGGAACAUCACCAAGUAUUCCUGUGGCAAGACUCCCAAUACAACCACCAUCAGGCCCGCAAGGAGCAUCAUGUUUGAAAGCCCCCGCGCAGGACAAGGGUGCAAGAAAUAUCUUUUGCGCGUCAUCAACACGUCUUUCGACACGACUUUUGUCGUCAGCAUCGAUAACCACCUCCUUCAAGUGGUCAGCGCCGACUUUGUCCCCAUCCAACCCUACACAACGUCGUCCAUCCUAGUUGGCAUCGGCCAGCGGUACGAUGUAGUCGUCGAAGCAAGCCCACGCAACACAUCUAGUCCACUCGACAAGAACGGGAAUUAUUGGAUCCGUACCGAGAUUGCAGACUGUUUCAAUAGGAAAGCCCCAACCUGUUCGAGUUAUUCCGAAGUUGCCAUCCUGCGUUAUGAUAAAUCCAGCACCGCCGACCCUUCUACCAAGAAAUGGCCCAGCAUUCCACUGAGGUGUUCGGAUGAGCCAUAUAAUAGUUUGAUUCCAAUCGUGCCAUGGACUGUCAAAGCUCCAAGCAACGGGGCUCUGAAUGGUGUGGUCCCGCGCUAUGGUGAGGAGUUUGACGUCUAUUUCGACAGAGAUCUCAUCGGGACAGACUCUCCCGUCGCAGGUUUCACCAUGGAUAGCAGCAUCAAGCCAGCAUCCAUUCGUAUCAAUUACUCCGACCCAAUGUUCUUCCAUCUCAAUCCUCAAGAUACCAAACCCUGGCCUAAACUCUGGCGGGUUCAGCCGGAGAAUUACGCCAACAGUGAAUGGAUCUACCUCGUCUGGUAUAGCCUACAGAACCGUACAAGCGGCGCUCACCCGAUCCACCUGCAUGGCCAUGACUUUGCCAUUCUUGAACAAGCUGAGAACAAGCCGUGGGAUCCAAAGAAGAUGAACUUGAAACUCGACAACCCUCCCCGCCGCGAUGUCGUUUUGUUAGAUACCACCGGCUACGUGGUUAUUGCGUUCAAAGCCGACAACCCCGGGCCGUGGCUUGUACAUUGCCACAUUGCCUUCCAUAUUUCCAGGGGCCUGGGAAUGCAGAUAAUGGAGGACCAGAAAGGCGCGUUCGCCAAGUGGCCAGACGAAAGCCCUGCCAUUGUCGAGGCCAAGCGUGUCUGCCAGAACUGGAACAAAUGGUACGGAAAUAUGAGCAACUGGGCAGAUAAACCACGGGCGGCAGGUGGUAAUUGCGAUGAGAAGUAUGCAGAUUGGUGCUUUCAGAAUGAUGCUGGAGUGUAA